AUGAGUGAACCUGUACCCAAAGACAGAGUAGAGCAUCAUGGUCAGAACUCCCGAGCUAAGCUUGCAUAUUCUCAGCGUAGUGUGGUACAUGGAGGUAGUAAGCCUCCUGCCUGCACCAAGUAUGGUAGAAAUCACUCCGGUGUUUGUCGUAAAGGCUUCACGGGUUGCUUCAAGUGUGGUGAGACUAGGAAUUUCAUGAGGAAGUGUCCAAAUAAAAAGCAAGGCAGUAGUAAUGAGGGAAACAAAUCUCAAUCUUCAUCAAUUGCUCCACCAGACAGGGUUGCACCUAGGGGAGCUACUUCUAGUGCUGGUGGAGGAACAAACCGCUUGUAUUCUCUCAACAAUCGCCAAGAACAUGAGAAUUCUCCAGACAUUAUCACUGACAUGAUUCAAUCAGUUCCAAUAGUAAAAGGGUUCCAGGAAGUUUUUCCUGAUGAUCUAUCUAGAGUUCCUCCUGAGAGAUAA